AUAGGUGUCGUAAAGGUGAAUGUGCAAAAAAGCUCGAGUGGGGUACUCCAUGAUUUUAUAUUGUAACUGUACGAAGUCGAGCAAAUUACUAAUACUAUUAGGUGUUGGAAACCACUAGAAUUGGGAAAUAAGCCUCUCCCUUCAAAGUUUAGUCUUCUUAAACCCAGCUCCACUAUCAGAAAGUAACCUGCUAAAGGCACACUAUUACUAAUUUUACAUUAUUGGAAAGAAAAUUUCAAGGUUCAGUAUAAGUGAAAAGUCAUUGCUGUAUGCUCAACAUAUCUAAAAACUGAUGCUUAUACUCCUACUUGGGUCGUCACAGUAACGUUGAAUGCAAGAGACCUUUGUCUGUAAACAUAUACCAGAUGGAACAUGAUCAGAAGGAUGAAGUUGGACCACAUGAUGAUCCACAAGUUAGCGGUGCUCUACAAUCCAUCAUACCUGCUAUCUUAGGGAUUGUUUUAGCUAUCAUAUUUAUCUGUUUUAUAGUGUGGUUGAUCAAGUAUCUUUUGAGAAAGAAGCAAAAGUCCUACCGUUUAUACAAAUCAGUAAGUGCAGAUGAUGAAGUGGAACUAAAAGACUCAAGCACAGCCCCUUGUGAAUCUCGAGAAGGAUCGUAUUCUUCCAUACCUAUCAUGUCAUGUAAUUCCUCAUCUCCUGAAGAUGAAAAAGAUGAUUCAGCACCAGAAAUAAGUACAGAGACAGAAAAUGUGGAAUCUUCAAGUGAAAAUGUAGAAAAAGAAAUGGAGGAAACCCAGCCUGAACCCUCCAUAUUAAAGGAUAAAGAGAAUGAACCAAUAGUGGUCACAGAUAAAGAACAUAAACCUUCUGAACAUCCAAAUGAAGAAAAACCAUCUUUGUAUCCAGAGCUUAUUUCAAUUGACCCCUAAAAAUCAGAUCUGAGUUGUGAAAUUCGAGGAAAAACUUACAGGAUGUUUUUAUCAAAAUUUUAUUCCACUUUUAUAGAACAUAUAUAUACAUUGUAUUUGGGGGGGGGGGGGAUUGCUGUCAGUGGCUUUUGAAGUGACAUUGUUCAACAUUUAUGCCUUUGGUAUAGUGCAGCUAUCAUUUAUGUACUGAAGUAUUCCAUUACAAUAUUAAGUAAUAGAUAUUAACUUUAAAGAAAGAGUGUUCUUGAAAAUGUGAAUUACACAAUGACAUUAUGCACAUUCCUGUUUUUUUUUAUAGUGAUCUUGGUUGUAGGGUCUUUUCAUAUAUAAGGUUUUAUUAUCAGUGUGACUUUCAAUAUGCUUACUUGUAUGUAUGUGUUUAUUGGGAACUUUGCAAAUUCCAAAUAAUUUCUAUCUAAAACUUGAUUAUUUCAAGAAUGAUCCUUGAAGUAGCUUUUAUGUAAUAUAAAACAAUAAAAAAGGAGACAGUGUUAUACCACAUGAAUUAAAAACAUUGAGAUUAACAUGACAGCUCCAGUUUGCCAUGAUUAGGCUUUUGAUCACAUGAUUUUGGUAUUUUUUCAUAAUUUUUAGGAAUAGUACUGAAAUUUCACAAAUGUUAUCACUAUAAAAUUUUAUUAAGAAAGGAAUAUAAACUUUUUAAAUGUUUUAACAGUAAUAUUAAAAUGUGAAAAGUGAAACAAUUGUUUUCUUAUGAGUUAUUUUAUUUUACUACAUGAAUGUUUCAACCAAUAAGAUAAAUUUUUCUCUUUGGUAUUAGCUUAUCUUUUUCACCUGGUUAAUACUGAUGAGAAAUAAAACCUCAGUUGUCUUGCACUUGAAUAUUUAUGUUGUGCAUAAACUUUUGCCUGUUAGUUCUUAAACUGUGAGCAAUAACUUCUAUUAAUAACAGAAAUGUAUAUUUACAUUUUAAAUCUGUUUAAAAAAAAAUCUACUUAAAACAUUUUUCCAUUGCAUUUGGUAGAAAGAAAUAUUCCAUGCGAGACUUGCCUGUGUUAUUUUUUGCUAUCAUGAUGAAAGAUCUGAUUUUUCUAUAUAUUUUAUCACAAAAGCUGUUAUCUAGGUUGAACAGUAACACAACUAUUGAUACUUAAGUAACUUUGUUUAUACAUACAUGUAUAUGUGUAUGCACCUCUGCAAUCUGUGGAUCACAAAUGUUAAAACAAUUUUUUUAUACUAAUGAUUGGUCUUUUUUUUAAGCUUUCAUCCAGCUGAAUUUAUUCUAUUCAAUACAUGCCAAUAAGAGGAAUGUGUGUUUUUGUGUCUAUUGACUGAACACACAAACAUUGUGUUUUACCUUGGACUAGCCUUGUGUAAGCUGGAAAAAAUUUGCCAUAAAUUGUAUACAUUUACGUACAAUGUUUUAUAUGUGAAUAAGAUAGCAACACAUUUUGUUUCCUGUGGUCAUGCUUAAGAAGUUUAAAUAUUAUCACACACACAGAGUAAGUUUUAUAGAUAUAUUUUUUGUGGUAAUAAGAAUAGUGGCACUUGCAUAUUCUUUUUGCUCUCUUGUAAAAGUUUAAAUUUUGGUGCUACUGUGACAUGUCCUAUUAUACAUUCCUUAGUGAUGCGACUAAUUGGAAUAUUGUUUGUACCAGAGAAUGGAACAAACUGUGUGCUACUGACUUUUUUGUUUGUGUAAUUUAGAAAUUAACUUGAUUUUAAAUGACAUUAAGAUGAAAUAUAUAAACAGGUUUGUUAAGUUGCACUAUGUUCAUGACAUCAUGUUAUAUCAUUUUUAUAAAUAAUGUUUUAAUUAUAUACUUUACAAACUGGUCUGAUUCAGAAACCUAGCAGUAAGAACAUCUGUGUCCAAGAGGUUACAAUUAUUGUAGUUACUUUUUGUUUGUUUUAUUACUAUGUAGAUUUUACUUCAAUAGUUUUAAAAAGCAGCUUUUGCUUUAGACAGUUGCAGAGAAAUUUUAUACUAUUAAUUCCUUUGGAUUAUUUGAGUAAUGUAUAAUAUUCAUGUGUAUUAGAAUAUGAUGUAUUUUUUUCCUCUUGGUCUAGAAUAGAAUUGUUUAUUAAUAAUCUUCAUAUUUACUUUUAGUGUUUUUAAGGUGUAUGUAGUUUUGUCCAUUUUUUGAAGUAUUUUUGGUUGUUGCUUAUAUAUGUAUGUAACAAUACACAUGCCUAAAGGCAGUCUCAUUUAAAGCAUUUUUUAUAGUCUACAAAAUUAUUUUGUUUAUAUAAUUAUUUAAAAGGUGUGAAGAUCUUACUUUAAUUUCUUUUUAUGUAGAUCGUUCAGAUUCCUUUUUUUUUGUGUGUGUGUGUGUGAGCUAGACUGUAUCUCAUAAAGCUUGUUUAAUAAACGUUUUACAGAAUAAAAUUAUCAUAUUUGACAUCCAUGAUGUUCCAGUACUAUAAAUAUUUAUAAUUAUUUUGUCCCUGAUCCCUAAACUUGCAGUUUUAUGAUUUUUCUCCAUAUUCCUAGAAAAUAAAUGUUAAUCAUCUCAAUCAGAAUAGUAAUAAAGAAACAAAGUUAAAUGAUUUGUACCACCAAAUUUAAUGGGAACUUUAAUAAAAAAUUAUGGGUAAGGAUAACAGUAAGCACAUAAGUGUUUAGUAUGAAAUUAGUCAGUCAAUACCAAUUAUUCAGCAUGAAAGUAUAAUGCUAAAAGCAAGGAUGAAGCUUAAAUAAGACCCAAAUGUUGAAAUAGUGUAAUACAUGAACAAGAAUGACUGUAUGGACAUAAAAACUAAUAUGAAGGUAUUGAGGGGUUGUGUUUGUUCAGUAUAUUUCUAGGGUGAGUGUGGGUGAAAUAGGCCCAUCACAAGUUAUGAAGACAUAAAAAGUUUUUCUCUGAAAAAAUAUAAUUUUUUCUUGUGCAAAUAUAUUGUUUUGAUAUAUUUUAAUGUUCAAGUUUGAAUUUUUUAACAUAUUGUACAAAUUGGAUGGUGAAUAUAGCAACAUGAAGGUGUUUCUCACAAAAUAGCUUGGGAAUCCCAUUUUGAAAGCCCUUUAUGAAACCAUGAAUAAGCAAAGGAUGUCUACUUUCUACAUUUCAUUGGUAAUAGUAACACUUAUUAUAGUUCUUACAUUUUAUGAGGAUGUAAUUAAGUAUAAAAACUGUUUAAAUGUCUUGAACUAGAGAUGAUGAUGAAACUAAGUAGAAGAAUUAAGUAUGAAGUUGUGGUCUAUUUAAGAGUGAUAAUUCAUGUGAUGUAUCUUGAACAGUUGCUUUUAUAUCUGUGUAUCAAGUUAAGGAAUGUUGCAUCUAA